AUGUUUUGUUUGUAUUUUUCUGUCAGUGUGAUAAAAGUUUGCGCAUGUGCAAAAAAAAAACAACCGCAAAACAAUUCACUUCCGAGUAAUCCUUACGCUUUAAAAGAUGGCGGUUCUUCGACUGAUAUGUCCGCGUGGACAAGCGCCGGAUUACAAACAACCCCCGGAUACUACCCCUACGAUCCGACACUUGCUGCUUAUGGGUAA